AUGACAAAUACAACAAAAACAAUGCUCGACCAGCAGCUUUACCGCGCCCGCCUGGUGUCGAGCAUAGCAGCAACGGCUAUAUCGUUAGCAUGUGGAACAAAUUAUGUCUACUCAGCAUGGGCUCCUCAGUUCGCCGAUAAGCUACACCUCACCACGACGCAGAGCAACCUGAUCGGACUGGCCGGGAAUUUGGGCAUGUACUUAAUGGGCGUGCCAGUUGGAAUGUAUAUCGACCGCCGAGGAACCCGCCCACCAGUCAUUGGCGGUGCCUUAUUGCUGGGCUUGGGAUACUUCCCCUUCAAAGCCGCCUACGAAAGCGGCACUGGCUCCGUUCCCCUGCUUUGCAUCUUCAGCUUCUUGACUGGAUUUGGAUCAUGCAUGGCCUUUGCUGCCUCAGUCAAGACGUCGGCCUUGAACUGGCCUCAUCACCGCGGAACAGCCACGGCCUUCCCGCUGGCCGCCUUUGGUCUUAGCGCAUUCCUCUUCUCUGUCUCCGGGAGCGUCUUCUUUCCCGGAAACACUGGCGCCUUCCUCAUGCUCCUUUCGAUUGGCACUUUCGUCCUUACUUUUGUUGGAUUUUUCUUCCUCAAGGUUUACCCGCAUACUUCGUACCGCCCGGUCCAAUCCAGGCCAGGGCUCUCGAGCUCCCAGAAACUGCGCCGGACGCUAUCUGAGGAGUCUAAAGCCCACGCCGGUCGCAGUUACGUCGAUGAAGAACCUGGUAUGUCGCCCACUGUUUACACCACUCCCAGUGGCACUACAGCACCGGCCCUCAGCGGGGGCACCGACGAGCUCGCGGAGCCCUCAUCUUCUCGAGACGUCAGCCCUCCUCGCCGAUCCAAUGACAUCGAAGCGGCCUCUGCGGAAGCACAGGAAGACAUCGCCGACGAGACAUCGUCCCUUGUGUCCAGAUCGUCCUCACUACCGGGCGAUGUUUAUGUCGAGAGCAGUGUUGAUAUGGAUCGUUCGCACCGUGUAGAUAUUCGUGGCUGGGCCUUGCUGAAGAGUCUCGAUUUUUGGCAACUGUUCUGCAUUAUGGCCAUCUUGGCUGGAAUUGGUUUGAUGACCAUCAACAACAUCGGCCAUGAUGUUAACGCUCUGUGGAGAUAUUAUGACAAGACAGUUGAUGACACAUUCCUCGUUCAUCGGCAACAGAUGCACGUUUCCAUCCUGUCUGUUGGUAGCUUUGUUGGUCGACUGCUCAGCGGUGUCGGAUCAGAUUUCCUCGUCAAGGUAUUGAAGGCCAGCCGUGUCUGGUGCCUUGCGGUAGCAAGUUUGAUCUUUUUCAUUGCUCAGCUGUGUGCGCUCAAUAUCCUCAACCCACACCUACUCGGUUUCGUCUCCGGUCUUUCUGGUCUUGGCUACGGCUUCCUCUUCGGCGUCUUCCCAUCCAUUGUGGCCGAAUCGUUCGGUAUUCAUGGCCUUAGCCAGAACUGGGGUUUCAUGACUCUGAGCCCUGUCGUUUCAGGCAAUGUCUUCAAUCUGUUUUAUGGCAAGGUCUUUGACAAGCACAGCAUUGUCAACGGCGAGGGAGAACGCACUUGCCCGGAUGGUAUCGAUUGCUACAAAGACGCAUAUUACAUGACGCUUGGUGCCUGCACUAUCGGGCUUUGCGUCUCAUUGUGGACUAUCAGGAGGCAACACAAUCAGAGACUGAAAGAGGCAAACAGGACAGCCGAGGACUAG